UGUUUACAAAUAUGGCGACUUGGACGGAAUUUUCGAAACACGAAAAUAAGAAAAUAUUUUAUUGACAUUUAAUUUUGGGGUUAGAUAGUUCGUUUUGCACUCUAGGAGAAUAACUGCAAUGGAUGACCAACAGAUCGAAUUUUUGAAUGACCAGGUAAAAAGACUCACUAUACAGUUGGCCAAAUACAGAAAUCAAGAGCUCAAGGAUGAAGAAGAGACACCUCUUGAUCAACCAGGUCCCCCUGCACCAUGGUUAACAGACAAAAGUGUCUUGUCUCCACUCAUAGAAGAAUAUGAUCAACAGAUUCAACAACUGGAAGAAGAGAGAGAUAUUUUAAAGGAUGAACUGGCUCGCUUAAAACCAGAAUUUGAAAGAUUGAUCUCAGAGAAUAAUAAGCUAGUCCAAGAUUUAAGGAAAACUGUUGAGAACCAGUUAGGAGGAGCGAGCGAUGGAGAGUUCUCUCCCUCUAACGACCAGGAGCAAAUCCUCCAGAAUCUGCAAAUGCAGGCAGAGAGUGCGUUACAGGAGAAAGAUGCUGCCUUGGAUAGAUGGCAGGAAGCAGACCAGGAAAUUGAUCGCCUUCAGAGAGAACUACAGAAUGAAAAGGACAGUCACCAGUGGAGGGUUGUUGAACAACAGGCCCACCAGAUGCAGUCGGAAUACUAUGAGACAGUCACAGUGUUAAAUAAAGAAAUCGAAGCAUUACAGAAUGACUUGCGGUCCACUCGAGACCAACUGGACAUGGCUAACACAGAGGUCAGAGAGCUAAAGAGAUCCAACAAAGAUAUUGAGCAGCAACUUAUAUGGAAGGACCAAGAAAUAGCCGAUGUCAUCUUCAAGGAAGGAAUGUCAGAUUCCAGAGUAGGGGAACUGAAGAAAAUAAUGGAUGACACCUCACAGAAGUUGUCAUCCGCAUUGAAAGAGUUGGACAAUGUCAAGGCAGAGAAGAUUGCAUUGGAAGUCAGAGUUACAGAGCUGAAAAAACGGGGGGAUGAGUUAGAGAAGAAAGAGUUUGAUUAUGUGGCUCAGGUCAGGGAUGCUGUACAGAUGGUGGAGAAUUCAGUAAUAGAGAAAGACCAGGCUGAAAUGGAGGUUAAACAAAAAGAAGAGGAGAUAGAGAAACUACAAGAGGCUCUGAAUAAACUGAUCAAUGAUGCUGGGGUCAGAACAAGACAAGAGGUGGACAGUGUCAGAAAACAGUGCAAUGAGAGAAUUUCAAAACUGACGGUGGAACUGCACACACUGGAAAUGGACAAUGCAGAGAAAGAAGAACAGAUAAAGCGGGCUCUACGAGACAAGCGUAAUGUUGAAGCUGAGUUAGAGAAGGUUAUAAAGGAAGGCUAUGCUCAAGCAGUCAAAGACAAGGGGGCUUAUGAGGACAUCAACAGAAGAGCUAUACAGGCUGAGAGAAUGCGGGAUGAACUCCUAGUCAAAGUCGAUAACCUGACUAGUUCACUCAGAAGAGAGGAAAUGAACCAAGAACAAGUAAAAUCAAAGCUUGAAAAAGAAUUGGCAGAACUCAAGCAAAGAAAAGCAGCAAUGGACGUUGAUUUUGAGCAUUUGAAUGAAGACAGGAUAAAACUUCAAAAUGAUGUGGAUGAGAUGAAGAAGAGAGUGGGGUUAGCAGAGAAGGACAAAGAGACUGCACAGAGGAAAUACCAGAAAGAGAUGGCCAUCCUGGAGAAUGACAUGCAGCAGAAGAUACAGGACUAUGAGGUCAGGCUGCAGUGCUCUGAUGAAGCCAGCAGGAAAACCAUUGGAGAACUCAGGAACCUGCUGCAGGGCCAGCAGAGGAUGAGUGCCAGAUGGAAAGAAGAGUGUCAGUCCAUUACAGAGAAGUUCGAGUGCAAAAUAAACGAUCUGAGAUCCGAGGUCAGUCACCUGAAGAAGAGGAAUGAUGAACUAACGUCUCUCCUACGGGAAAGUCAAACCAAGACCCUGGAGGCUGAGAGGAUGAUUACAGAUUAUGCUAAAAAUAUAUACAGGAUAGAGGAGCGUAUGCGCGACUCUGAAGCCAGAGCAGCAGAAGCUUCAAAACAGUUAGCGCGACAGUCUGUCAGAGAGAGACAAAUGGCAAAUGAAAAGAGAAGCUUGAUGCAAGAAUUGCAGAGAAGCACAAUGGAAAGCUCUAUAAACAGGAAUCCAGAUGCUUUACUAGUGAGCGACCUUGCCUCCAGCCACCACUCUGUGAAGUCUGUCAACGCAUCAUGACAAGAAAUAGAUCCAGACAUCCAGUUCAGAGAUAGGCCCUUAUCACAUUCAGUGCCAAUUACUGCCAAUGCCAACCUGUGAUAUCACCACUGACAUACAAGAUAUUUAUUGUAAUCUCUAAAAAUAACCUCACAGAAAACUGUGUCCGUUUUAAAUGGAGAUUACCAUGUACAUGUAUUGUGGAAUAUCUAGUGGACUAUAUACAACACUGAUAUAACUUAUGAAUGGGGUUCUCAGUGAUUUUGAUUCCAUCCAGUGCUGCUUUGUUGUACUAUUACACAGGAGUACCUGUU